AUGGAAGUAGGAUUCCCAAAGACAAUCCAAGAUGAAGCUACUAGGAAGACAGCAGGAGAUGCUUGAUUCUCAAAGAUUAGUUCAGCAGAACUCGGAUAUUUUACUGACGGUUACUCUAAGUUUUUCACUAAGAAUAAGAGAAAGAUGAUGCCUCUUAUUAAUAGAGGAACUUGGACCAGAGUAUUUUCAGUCAGAACUCUCGUCAAUAACUUUUUAAGUAAGUUUCCUACAGACAAGAUCCAGAUUGUCUCAUUGGGAGCUGGAUUUGACUGAAACUUCUUCUACUAUCAAGAGAAUGUACUUGAGUUCAAUGAAAGGGAUCUCCACUAUUUCGAAGUUGAUUUUGAAGAUAUUACUGCCCAAAAGAUAGAUAUCAUUAAACAGCAUUCCGAGCUUGAGGAGUUGAUCUUCAAAGAUGCAGAACCUUCAUACGAAGAAGGAAUGAUACAAACAGAGAGAUACACCCUCCUUUCUUGAGAUAUUCGACAGGUUGAUGAUCUCGAAGAUAAGCUAGUCCAAGUUGGUCUUGAUAAAACUAUCCCUACUUUAGUUUUGACUGAAUGUGUUCUCUGUUAUAUGAAUAGUGAAGAUAGCUCUCAAAUUAUUGCUAAAAUAGCAGAGAUGUUCGCAGAUGUAGCAAUCGUAAACUUCGAAAUGAUCAACCCAAAUGACCCAUUCGGGACAACAAUGGUUGAGAACUUAGAAGCCAGGGGCUGCCAACUGUUAGGCUUGAAAGACGUCCCUGAUGAGAGUGCCCAGGUAGCAAGGAUGGUCGAUAAUGGGUUCCAGAAUGGAUAUUGUGAAAACAUGCUCAGAAUCCAUAACUCAAAACUUGAUGAGACUGAGAGAUCCAGGAUUGAGAGAAUCGAGAUGUUUGAUGAGUUUGAAGAGUGGGAUUUGCUCCAGUCUCAUUACUGUAUUUGUGUUGGAUCGAAGUUCAGUGACUCUUCAGAGCUUGGAUUUUAA